CAACGUUAGCCGGAGCCAAUGGGGGCGGCCGCGACAUGGCGGCCGCCGUGGGUGGGGAGCGGGCGCCUUAAAGGCGGCGGCGGUGGCGGUGUGGCGGCUGCUGCUCCGCUGCGUCCCCCGCCGGCAUGGAGUCCCCGCAGGUUGCCGUGAUCGGCAGCGGGCUCAUUGGUUGCAGCUGGGCCAUGGUGUUUGCUGCCGGAGGCUUCAAAGUGAAACUUUAUGACAUUGCACAACAACAACUGACAAGUGCACUGGAAAACAUACGGAAACAAAUGAAAGAGCUGGAGGAGUCAGGAUUCCUGAAAGGAUCUCUGAGUGCAGAGAAGCAGUUGGCUCUCAUCAGCGUCUGCACAGACCUGAAGGCAGCAGUAGAGGGUGCUACUUUCAUUCAGGAAUGUACUCCAGAAAACCUGGAACUCAAAAAGAAGAUUUUUGGUGAGCUGGAUCUUAUUGUUGGUGACAAUGUUAUCUUGAGCAGCUCGACCUCUUGUCUCUUACCCAGCAAACUGUUCACUGGCCUUAAACAUGUUAAGCAGUGUAUUGUGUCACAUCCUGUAAAUCCACCUUACUUUGUGCCACUGGUUGAAAUUGUUCCUCAUCCAGAAACGGAUCCUUCUACUAUAGAGAGAACGUAUGCUGUUAUGAAGAAGAUUGGACAAUCUCCUGUCAAAUUAAACAGAGAAAUUGAAGGGUUUGUUCUGAAUAGGCUUCAAUAUGCAGUGAUAAGUGAAGCCUGGAGACUUGUGGGUGAAGGAGUAAUAUCUCCUACUGAUCUAGACCUUGUGAUGUCUGAUGGAUUGGGAAUGCGAUACGCAUUUAUUGGACCUCUGGAAACCAUGCAUCUUAAUGCAGAAGGUAUUUCAAAUUAUUGUGAAAGAUACCGUGAAGGUAUGAAACUUGUUUUGAACACCUUUGGACCAGUUCCAGAAUUUUCAGGCGAAACUGAGCAGAAAAUCAGUCAGGCAAUGUCUGAGAAAAUUCCAGUUGUUCCGAGAUACCUGAACGCCAGAAGAGAAUGGAGAGAUGAAUGUCUCACUGGUCUUGCCAAGCUGAAAAAGCAAAUGUCAUCUAACUGAGGUGCGCCUUGUCUAACAGGAGAGACCAAAUGAAGAGCAGUUCUUCAUAAAAAGUGGAAAAAUUUGGUCAUGCAGAAGAGGAGACUGAAUGUGCAAGCAGUGAUAUGCACUUGUGUAGAGACCAAUGAAACUUGGUCCAAUUUUGUCACAACGUAAUUCAUGAGUAACUGGAAACAGUUAUUAAAAGUUCAGUUAAAACUUUAUCAAAUUAUAUAUAUGCAUUGGAUGUGCAAGCAUUAAGUAGCUUUAGCAAUAUGAAUGUUGUGCAAUGCUGGAACACAAUCAUGUUUUAAUGCGUUUUUUCAGCUUGCUUAGAAAUUCAGCGCUUGAACAAUAUUUGCUUAUGCAGGGAUCUGAAAUUGGCAAACAUCAGCUGUUUGUCACCGGAGAAAACAAGCCCUCACCUGCCAAUUAACGUGGCAGUGAGGUUAAUUUGUAAAGCACUGACUGUAGGUAGGGGGAGGCUGUGUUAAGCAAAGAGUAGAUUUGCUGGCCAGUGAGCUGAGAGCUGAGAAGCUGUAAGGGUCACUUCAGCUUAGCCAUGUAACUGUUCCACAAUGUAAGUGAAAGAAUUAUUCAUCCUUUUCCUCCCUUUGGCACUUCUGUACUAGUGUGAUGACCUAAAUGUGAGUACAUAGAUCCCUCCCUCAUCCCCUCCUUCUAGUUCUGAAGAUUUACCAGAGAUCUGUACUCAGUUCUUCAGACCAAGCACUUGACACCCCGUGGCUUUGCCCAUACUUAAGUCAGGUAUGAUUACCUGUCAGUAGGCAUUGCUGCGUAGACGUGCUCUAUUUUAAGAUUUGCCUGUGAGAAAUAAAGUAAUGUGAUUAAAAGUUG